AGUAUUUAUGUCCGCCAUCUUAGAUCCAGUUUAGUUCUGUGUUGGGGUCCCUCUCUCCGAGUAUUUCUCUCCUCCAUCUUUGCUGAUGAAAGUCUAACAGUCACUGGUGCAGCAGCAGCCUCCCCCGGUUCAAGUUCCAACCCGAUAGGAAAUUUAAGAUGUGAUGGAACGGUUCACGAAAAAAAGAAAUCACAUAAAAAUAUAUUGACUGAUAUUGAUUUAUUUAGGGGGAUAAUUAAUAUUUUAGCACGAGCGUCGUCUCUGAAUCCUACCCUUUAACUUUUUGUCUGAAAAUUAAAUAGCAUUUUACUCAACUGCGUUACCCACUCCAGUCAGCAGAUGGCGGUCUGGGAAUUUAUGGUUAUGCUGUUGGUGUGACGUAUAAUCUAGUGGACGGAACGCUUCUUUCAUCAGCAGCAACAGCUCGUCAGACACCUCGGUAGCUUGCUAGACAAAAUAGAUUAACCAAUAUAGCACUUUAGACGCUUUCGUAUAUAUUAGCCACUAUGUUUUAAACCCAUUUCUGUCGUCUAGUUAGUUAUCCGAUUUAAUUUCAUAUUUACGGUGUUGUUAUUAAUCAGCAAGCGGGCUGGUUAAGUUAGCAUUAGCAUAGCUAACAUCCCCGACCAUGCGGUCACUACGAUACUCUCCUUCUAAUGAAGAGAAGGAUAUCACAGUAAAUCAAGAAGUAGAGAGUGGGGUCGUUACUGUGAAAGAAGAGGAGGACGCAUUCAGAGUGAAAGACGAGGAAGAUAUCACAGUAAAACAAGAAGUAGAGAGUGGGGCCGUUACUGUGAAAGAGGAGGAUGGUGUUACAGUGAAAGGAGAGCAUGUAGUUUAUGGCGUGAAAGAGGAGGGGGAGGAGAUGACUGUUACAUCGAAAAAGGAGGAAGAGGAGGAACCUGGAUAUCUGGUUCCGGUUUCCCAAACGCAUCUUAAGGCAUCCAAUGGUUCAAACGAAGAAUUUAACCAUAAGAUGGUUUUUAGAAACCAUUCCCUGAUUAACACUAGAGAGAGACGUGACUAUCGUGAAUCCUCUGGGGAGCCUCAACAACCUCAUGAUGCUGAGGAGACAGAGAAGAGUCUCUCCAGAUCAGAACACCUCAAUAAACACCCACAGAGACCCACAGGGAAGAGAACUCACUGCUGCUCUGACUGUGGGAAGAGAUUCACAUCAUCAGGCAUUAAAAUUGAUCAGAGAACACACACAGGAGAGAAAUCUUAUAGCUGUGGUCAAUGUGGGAAGAGUUUUGGUCAAUCUGGAAAUCUGACCGUACACAAGAGAACACACACAAGAGAGAAACUUUAUAGCUGUGAUCAAUGUGGGAAGAGUUUUGUUUUUGCUUGCCAUCUGACUCAACACCAAAGAACACACACAGGAGAGAAACCUUAUAGCUGUGAUCAAUGUGGGAAGAGUUUUAAUUUAUCUGGCAAUCUGACUCAACACCAAAGAACACACACAGGAGAGAAACCUUAUAGCUGUGAUCAAUGUGGGAAGAGUUUUGUUUAUGCUUGCCAUCUGACUCAACACCAGAGAACACACACAGGAGAGAAAUCUUAUAGCUGUGGUCAAUGUGGGAAGAGUUUUAGUCGAUCUGGAGAACUGACAGUGCACAAGAGAAUACACACAGGAGAGAAACCUUAUAGCUGUGAUCAAUGUGGGAAGAGUUUUGUUCAAUCUGGCAAUCUGACUCAACACCAAAGAACACACACAGGAGAGAAACCUUAUAGCUGUGAUCAAUGUGGGAAGAGUUUUGUUCAAUCUGGCCAGCUGACCCGACACCAGAGAACACACACAGGAGAGAAACCUUAUAGCUGUAAUCAAUGUGGGAAGAGUUUUACUAGAUCUGGCUAUCUGACUUUACACCAGAUAACACACACAUAAGAUAAAUCCUUACAGCUGUGCUCAAUGUGGGAAGAGUUAUACUGAGUCUAGCUGUGACUAAUCAGCAGAGAACAUACACAGGAGAGAAACCUUAUAGCUGUGACCAGAGUUAAUCUGGUAAAAUAUCAGAAAAUACAUAAAUGGAGUUGUUUCAUGAUACCAAUGAAUUAAUGUCACAAUGUGGUAUGUUUUAACAUUGUAUUAGGAAUAUUUUAAUAGUCUCAAUGUAGAAGCCUAAACGUUUGCCCCCUCAUUGAUUGAUUUCAACAUGUUAUGGAUUUUAGGCUCAUGGGAAAAAUCCAAGCUCUGAAAUGGAAGAGUACUAUUUAUGUGAUUUAACAAAAAAAAGAGUUGUGUUACACUUACCACGUUCACGACCCACUUGAAUCAAAAUGUAGCUAGCUGUUUUCUACAAAUUGUCCUCUAACCAGGGAUGUACAUAUUACUCCCAGAUUCCGUGUGGUUUUUGAGCUGUUAGUUGUGCGCUGCCCUAAGGGACUCCCAGCAGCCUGGAUUUGAAUCAGGGUCUGUAGUGACGCCUCCAGCGAGAAGCAGUGCCUUAGACCGCUGCGCCGCUCGUGUGAUAAAGGUGUGGGAUUCUGGGUAAUCCACAGCAGAUUUAUGGAGAACUUGAAAAUCGAGUGGUUCUGGGAUAGAAAUGUAUAAAAUUGACAUUACAUCAUAAAAUCCACGUUUUAAAUCAUACAUUAGCAAUUUAUGUUUUAGUAACUACAGUUGUUGGUUUGGUGUCAAGUCAGCCUCUCUUUAUAUGUUAUUUGCCAAGUCUCUGUUUUCCAUGUGGGUUUUAUGCUAAAGAUCCCUCUUUCAAGUUGGUAUCUAACUGCAAAAUGCAUCUUCUUUAGGAGUGCUAUUUUUACCCUGUUCACUACUGAUCGUUCAUCCACACUGUGUCUCAUCAAUGCAGGUAAUUUAUGACAAAAGUAUAAAGUAUAUGUUUUACAAACUCAUGAACACCAGCCAGUUUAUCAGCCCGGUUUUGUUAGUUUAGGUGUAUUAUACUUCUUCGCCACCAGAGGGGGACAUUGAGUAAUUUCCCAUGUCAAUUUGAUAUAUUUUGAUACUAAAAUGGAUGACGCGAUAUUCUGAUGUUGUGAAUAUGAGACACAUGGAAACAAUUGAUUCAUUUAUAAUAGUAAAUUAGGAAUUAGUAGGAAUUGUUAAAUCCACUAUACGAUCACAAUGACUUUGAUAGACAUUUCAAUAGUUUUUUUGUUAGUAUAUUACAGGGCAGAUUAAUGUAGAAUUGCUGUGGGAGUGGUAUUUAUAUCCCGUCACUACUGAUCAUUCAUCCAUACUGUGUGUGUCCCAUCAUUGCAGCUUUGGAAAUAAAUGAACUAUCCAUUCA